AGGCUAGCGGACUGUGUAGCCGCUGGGUGUGUUGUAGAACCUGACCAAAAGGUGUGCUUUGUUUUUCUGUUUACAAGAAGCCUUUUAUUAUAUGCUUUAUUGAUGUUUUCAUGUCAUUAAAAGAUUGAUUUAGUGAUACACUUGGUUUCCUCAAAGUAAGGACCUCUUCCAGCUCCGCUAUCUUCAAGACAAAAUGGCGGGAGUCUUAGGAGCUGCGUCACUUCCUUUUAUCGGCUGUGUUGCCCUCCUGGCUGCCAUGGUGCUACAAAUCCUCUCCUACGCCACACCCUACUGGGCGGAAGUUACGCUCUCUGACUCAGGAACAACUGCAGACAUAGGAUUGUGGAGGAAGGCUAACUGCCUCGUCAAUAAAGACAAGACUGGCUGCAUGAGGACCGAUCACAUGAAUUACAAAUAUACAGAAUGGAUCGACGCAGUCAGAGCUAUGGAGUCACUUACUCUGAUCUUCUGGGCAGUUCCAUUGGUUAUUAUGCCUGUCUACAUCUACGUAGCUCUGGGACUCUAUUACGCAUGCACCAUGGGAACGAUGACAGCUUUCACCAUAUUUGGAGCAAUUACCAAUCUCAUUGGAAUUAUUAUCUUUGGAGCUAAAAUUGGUGAAAAUGAUUGGAAAACUGGAUGGAGUUUGAUAGUGUGUGUGAUCGCCUGCUUCUUGGGUAUCGUGGCAUUUGUCAUCUUUCUGAUUGCCUGCUGUAACAGACCCAGGUUUGCCCCAGAGCGCCAUUAUCUUUCUGGCUUUUUCGUGGAUCCGGACAAGAACAAACUGUAUGUGAUUGAGGCUGUAGAGAACGAUAAGAUGAGCUCGAUCAAAGGUUCUCACAUUAAUCAUGGCUCCCAUAUAAAUCAUGGCUUGGUGGUUGAUUGAUAGAUUAUGAACUAUGUUGAGGUUGAUUAUAAAUAUAUAUGUACAGUGUCUGCAACAAAUGCACGUGAGAAACACAGGUGGAUGUAUAUACAUUAUGGACUUUGUCUUCCACGGUUAAGUGGAUACAACUUGUACUCUUUUUUUUUUCUUCAGUUUUGUGGGGAAGGGGGAUCAAGAGGCGUAUAAAGCUAUUUUUUAAAACUUAUUUAACAGAAGAUCUAUAUGUGUUGUUUCUUCAGUUAAUCUGCUUUAGGGGCCUACAGUUUCAUUUAGGCCUAUUGUACAUUGAGCUGGAAAUUUCCUUAACAAGGUUUUUCUUAACAUAAAAUUAAUUUUGUCUUUAUAUUUUAUUGAUUUAUUUAUUCAUUUUUGUAAGUAGAGCAAGCUACAAGUCCGCUACCUUUUUUUAUUAACUUUGAAAAACAAAUAUCCAACACUAUCAUUGUUCUGUAUUUUAUAUUGUACUGUUUCAAGUCUUUUAUCCAGUCUUGUUCAAAGCAAUUAGAAAUUCUCUACUCAUUCAUGUUUUGUAAGAAACUACUUUUUGUACGUUGCAAACUAUUGGUAUCCAUGGUGAUAUUUUUUGUACUUUCUUUUUUUUUUUAUUAAAAAAAAUGUUACAAAAUU